GACUCGGGCGUGAAUGGGGAAGUGAAUACUCUACCGGGAAUUAAACCGAAUAAUAACAUGCCGGCGACGUGGCAAAAUAGCAUCUCUACCAGCUGCGGCAUACGUUAGAUAUCUGAAUGUAUUAUUCGGACCCGUACGGUUCUGCUGGGAAUAUUGUGUAGUGUUAUUUUCUUUCGCGAGGGAAGAUCUGAGGCGGUGACAAUAGAAAGCCCGCGCGCGCCAGCAACCAUUACCACGUGCGUUUGAAACCCCGAAAGAGACACAAAAUAAACAAGAUGACUUCAGAGAAGCCACCACUACCCGUAGACGACCAACAGGAAGGGGCACAGCUGGGCUCUGAGGUCGAGCCGAGGGUUACUGUCGAAACAGCCCGAGAUGGCUGGGACAGUAAAGUGGAAUACUUUCUCGCUCAGGUCGGGUUCAGUGUUGGAUUGGGCAAUGUUUGGAGGUUCCCGUACCUCUGCCACCAGAAUGGAGGAGGAGCGUUCAUAUUGUUGUAUGUGGUGUUGAUGGUGUUGGUUGGAGUGCCAUUGUUUUUUCUGGAGUUGGCAGCGGGUCAGAGCAUCAGACAGGGCAGCAUUGGUGUCUGGAGACACAUUUCUCCAAAGCUUGUUGGCAUUGGCUACUCCAGCUGUGUGGUGUGUUUCUUUGUGGCUUUGUAUUACAACGUAAUCAUCGGCUGGAGUAUUUUCUACCUUGGCAAUUCUUUCCAGUAUACUCUACCAUGGGAAAGUUGUCCAAUGGAAGGAAACAGCACCGUGGCUGAAUGUGCUGCCAGUUCUCCCACUUCAUAUUUCUGGUAUCGUAAAGCUCUGGACGUCACCGACUCAAUUGAUGAAAAGAGCGAGUUUAACCCCGUCAUCACCGGCUGUCUGCUGGCUGCUUGGGUCAUUGUUUGUCUUGCCAUGUACAAGGGCAUCAAAUCCACUGGCAAGGUGAUGUAUUUCUCCUCCGUGUUUCCAUACGUGGUGUUGCUGUGUUUUCUGAUCAGAGGAGUGAUGCUGGACGGGGCAUCAGAUGGAAUUAAAUCCAUGUUUUACCCCAGACUGGAGAUCUGGGCAGAUGUUCAGGUGUGGCGUCAGGCGGCGACUCAGGUCUUCUUUGCGCUGGGUUUGGGUUUUGGUUCUGUGAUCGCAUACUCUUCCUACAACCCACGGAAUAACAACUGCCAUCGGGACGCACUCACCGUGUCUGCCGUCAACUUCAUGACAUCUGUGCUGGCCACGCUGGUGGUGUUUGCUGUACUGGGCUUCAGGGCCAAAACCAUUGCCACAUUGUGUGCCAAACGUAAUCUGAAAGCUGUGGUUGAUGCAAUGUCCACCUCCUCUCUCUCUGGCCUCUUCAUUAACACACUUAAUGUGGAGAACGUCACAUUGAACGAGUAUAAUAACUGGUACAGAGUUGAAGGCCAACACCUCAAUAUCUCUAAUUACAACAUCACGGCCUGCAGUCUGGAGGACGAAAUGAAAAGGGGUGUCGAGGGAACUGGUUUGGCAUUUAUAGUGUUCACUGAAGCGAUGACUUUAUUUCCCUGGAGUCCGUUCUGGUCGGCACUGUUCUUCCUCAUGCUGCUCAAUCUGGGUUUGUCCACGAUGUUCGGCACCAUGGCUGGAAUAAUGACGCCGUUAACGGACACCUUUAAGACACUACGCAACCACAAACUAAUAUUUACAGCGUGCAGUUGUGCGGUGGGGUUUCUGAUUGGCCUGAUGUUCACUCAGCGAAGUGGGAACUACUUUGUGAUGAUGUUUGACGAUUAUUCCGCCACACUUCCGCUCAUCAUCGUUGUCAUCUUUCAGACCAUCAGCGUUGCCUGGAUUUAUGGAGCGGACAGGUUUUUAGAAGACUUAAAGCAGAUGUUGGGUCGGCCAGUCUCUGUGGUGUACAAGUAUCUAUGGAUGUACGUGUGUCCGAUUGCUAUGUUGGGGCUCCUGGGUGCCAGUCUGCUAAAGAUGAUCAUUGAACGGCCCACAUACAAGGCCUGGAAUAGAGAAAAGGCGUCCGAGGAGCAACUCCCCUAUCCUGAUUGGGCACUUGCUGUCUUGAUAAUGCUCAUCAUUUUUGCAUCACUUCCUGUUCCGAUUGGAUACCUACAUUUCACUCUCCUCAAACGCUUCGGGCAGUCACCGAUGGACACGGAGGCGGGAUACGUGCCCUGUGCCACCACAGACACAGACCUGACCCCUCUCGGCACAUCAGCCCGCUCGGUAGAUGACCCCAAUUCAUUUUCCCGUUUACUUGAGGAAAACCAUGACUUCCCCUCUCAAAACGGCCUGAUUGAAAGUGUGGAAUCAAGUGUGUUAUGAGAGAGAGAACGAGAGAGAGAGGUAAACAUGGAGCACACAUCAUCGGAGCUAACAAACAAUAAAUGUAAAGACCAGAUGUUUAGUAUUUUAGAACUUCUUUGCAACAAUCAAAUGUAUCGAAUCAUUUUAAAAGCUGGGAACAGAAAUAACUGACUUUUAAAGGGAUAGUUCACCCAGAAGCCUUUUAACUGUAUGACUUUUCAGCAGAACACAAAAGCAGAUAUUUUGAAGAAUAUUCACGCUGCUCUUUUCCAUAUGUUGAAAGUGAAUGGUGACACUAGUUCUCAAGCCAAAAACAAAAGCACAUACAUUCCAUAUUCUUCUGUAAGUCAUACAAAAAUAUUGUGUGGAUGAUUUAAGUAAUUUUUUAAAGAAAUAUUUACGUUCUGCCAUUGAUCUGAAAUCUCAACGAUCGUCCACAUGUUGAGAACUUUUUUGUUUCAUCGAAUAACUGAAAGAAGUGGUACUGUUGACUCUGGGAGGUUCAUGAAGUGAGACUUAAACGUAAUUUUAAAAUCAUUUAAACCGGUUUAUUUUUAAGGGACCUGCAUUUUUGGGAUUAUAUGCUGGUUUACUGAUCUGAUGAAGUUUGAUCUCAGAAAUGUUCUAUGAAGGUGUAAAAACACUAACUUUACAAAACCCAAGAAACCAGUUCUCUGUCACUAUUACUGUGAUUAGUAUUGUUCCACGCUGGUCUUUUCUGAGUUCACUGCCUUUAUUUAAGCGAGUCUGUUAUUUAAACUUUUGUAUAUUAGCGUCCUUUUUCAAAGAUAAAAUGACCUUUUUGGUUAAAAGAUGUAAUUAACUUAUGAACUGUUACACAAGCACCAAAAGCUGAGUAAGUCAGCUAUUUAGCAAAAAUCCAAAUUUUUCUGAGUAGUUAUUAAAAAAACGACAAGUCCCUUGUUUUUAAAAUUUAUUUUGCAUUUUUAAUGUAAAUAGAUUUUUUAUUUUAACCUGUUUUGUAAAUAAAAUGCUUCGGUCAGAGCUCAUUUUUUAAAUGUAUUUUUCAGCUGUGUGAAAAGGGGAACAGUUUAAAAGCUGAAGUGUGUACAUUUAUCGGUGUUAAAGAUGCUGUAAGUGAUUUUAGCCGUUCUAGAAUUUCAACAGAUGAGCCGUUGGAUUAGCCACUCCACCUUUUCCCAAAACCCUGUGCUCCAAAGAUGCUAAAUUAGCGUUAUUAAGCAGAAACGGCUGUUAAAACAACAGCUGUGAAACAGCGCCCUCUACUGGCAACUUAUGAGCAACAUGGCAUAAAAAUGGCAUUAAGCCUCAAUAAUUCACAAUAACUACAAUACUAUGAGAAUGCACAAAAUGAUUGACAGGUAGACUGUGUCAUAGCUUGCGUACACAUUUGUGUUUGCUGUUUACAGAGUCUAGAGACGUCACCGAGACCGUUGAGAUAUCUCACGACACAUUUAAUUAACCUCUUUCACGGAGUAGGACAUUUGAAUACAUUUCAAUGAAGAAAUCACUUACAGUAUUUUUUUAUAUACUUUCUCUUAUCCAAGCUAAAUAUACAGAGACAAACUUUUUUGUCUGUAAACAAAAUAUCUCUGGUACUAUAAAAAUUACUCCGUUUUGAGUGACCUGUCCAGCCCCACACAACAUCAUCGGGGGGAGGGGCUUAUACAGAAAGCCAUAAAUCCAUUCAGUGGUGUAGAAAUGACACACUUCAGCAUUUAACCACGUUAGGGACUGGUUAAUAUUUCUAUUCUGAUUUCUAAUUAAGUAUUUGCAUUUUCAGAAUAUUUUUAAAUAUUUUCUAUCAUAUGUUUUGUACAGAUGUGUGUUUGUGCCCUGCUGAAGAAAGAAUAUGGCCAAUGUUUUAUUUUCAUUGUCCUUGUUACAUCUAAAAAUAUCUCGGACAUGUCAUUUCUAAAAGAAGAAGAUAUCUGACCUGUAGGCCAGACAGUUUUAUGGCUUAUAGUCAUUGUAAACUAAUGUUAUUUUGGACUCUCACAGGGGUUUUGUGCGUCUUCUGUGUGUUUAAGUAGGUUGAACUGAGUGUGUAAUUGGUUUUAAAUUAAUGUAUGAGAAAUGUAAUAUAACACCAUUCCUUGUGUGGAAUACUUGAGAACUUUUUCUGACACACUUUGUUUUAUUUUGUUUUUUACAAUUGUAACUGUUGAAUGCAACAGUGUAUUUUCAGUAUUUCCGUUAUCUUUACACUUUUUGUUUUCAACCUGUUUUUAUUUUCAGCAUGGUGUAAUGUCAAAGCCAGAAAACCAUUAAACUUAU